GUGAAAGAGGGUGCGUCAUGGUGAGGAAAACAGGAACUUGGUAACAAACUGUUACAAAGUCCAUUUGACUACGCCGUAGCUUACACGAAAUCCCAGGACAUGACACAGGUGGAGUGUGGAUUUCGUUUUAGACAUCAGUUUUAGGAGCAGCACACAAUCUGGUGUUUGUGGGUUUUGUUGUAAUUUUAGGCUUCCUGGAAAAGCCAGGGAAUUAAAGCAAAGAGGUAGCAGGACAAGGGGCAGACAUCUGUUUCUAACAUGAACUUUAAUUCAGGUUUGGCUUUCACCUUUUGGAUAGUCUCAAAGUUUCUUACAAAUGCCAUUCUUCUGUUAUUCAUCGCUGGAAUCUCAUCAUCUGAAGAGCCUGCUGUGAAAAGUGUGUUUUUUGAGUCACGGAACUGUCGGAACACUCUGCACUGGAACAUUGACGGGAGAGAGAACUCGGAUGCCUUCUAUAGUGUGCAGUACAGAAUAUAUGGUAAACCAUGGCAAAACAAAAGUGAAUGCUUCUAUAUCACCCGUGACUCCUGUGACCUCAGCCAUGAAACGAGAGACUGUAAUGCAUUUUAUAAUGCCCAAGUGAUCGUGACAUCAAAGAAUACCAGCCAGGAGUUUGAGACUGAGAGAUUUCACCCAAAAACCAAAACUCUCCUGGGGCCACCGGCAGUGAAGUAUUUAACUACCGUGUCUUCAUUACUCUUUACUAUUGAGCUUCCCAGCACUCAAUCAAACCAAUCAUUGGAAGAUGUUUUUGAAAAAGACUUGGUAUACUCUGUGACGCUUAGUACCGACAAAUCUGUAAUGAUGAAUGUGACACAGAAGUUUAAAGAAUUUGAGAUUCCCAACCUUGACUCUGACACUGAAUACUGUGGAGUUGUGGUAUUUAAAGUUCCACCUUACAUGAAAGUCAGUGAGCCCUAUAUGUUCUGCACCAGAACAUUAAAAGACAACAGAUGGACUCUGGUUGUGUUUGUCACCGUGGUAUUCAUCUCUUGCCUUAUUGUUGGAAUCCUCUGCUGUGUUUUGAACAAGUAUCUGACAGAGAAAAGGAAGCUGCCAAAUUCUUUGGAAGCCUUGCUCAAGCCUCAAACAAUACUCUCAACUUUGUUAGUACCAACGGAACCAGAUGCCAAUGUCGUUUGUGUUAUUGUUCGCUGUAAAGAACCCAAAGAACUGGUGAACAUAGCAACGCCAAAAGGAAGCUAUGCCCCUCAGACAGCUCCCAAACAACAUUCUACAUAUGCCUCCCAAAACUUGGACACCCAGCCGUUGCUGAGAAAUCAGCAGAGCACAGAAUCAUCAGGCACAUCCUACGGCGAAGUUGUGGAAGUCUUGUCUGAGGAUUCCAGAGGUAACUACGUCUUGCAGUCACAAUCCGUGAAUCCCAGUAAUCUUGGAGCAUCUGAAUUGGUGUUGAGAGACAAGCAGCUAAGAGGCAAUGAAACCAAAGGAGGUAGCAGAGACUGUGAUACCUUUGCUGCUGGAAAACAAGAAGAUGGAUCAUGUGUGUCUUUGACAUUGAACAAUGCAUGGGACGCUAUCAAUACUAAUGAAACAGGGCCACUGGUAAUUAGGACUGAGCGAAAAAAUGGCCUCUUGCAGAUGCCAGACCUGUUUUCUUGGAAGUUUGAAGACCAAAGUGACGAAGCCCCUUCAAAAUUAAAUCUCCAGAACGAUCGGGGAGGAUCUGCUUUGCUUUCUGGAGACAGUGUCAGUGAUCAGACCUCAUGGCUGGCACAAGCUGUUGAUGUUCAACAACUUUACAAAGAUGAGGAGCUGCCAAACAACCCCUCGUCUUGCUCCCAAUUCCAAGAUUAUCUCAAAACCACGCCGAGACAGCCUGAGACAGGCUUGAAUUGUUUUGUGAAUGAUAUGGAAAUCUGCACAGUUCAAGAGACUAAAGAUGAGGGACUAUUUCUCAAAGGCUGGGAUUUACAAAUUCAAAUGUAAAAAAAAAAAUGCUGUUUUAAAGUUUUUUUUUAAUGAUUUAAUUGGGGCUCAGUUGAAGAGAGGGCUCAGUAAUUGCAGUUCCAGUUUACCGGCUUUGAUAAGCUGAGACGAGAAAAAAGUGAGACAACAUUCAAUGCAAACCAAAUAGCUGCAAACCUAAUGGACGGAAUACCCAAACCAAUGGGACACUCCCAACUGGGAAAUGCUAUAUUAAAUGUAUAGAAAGAGGUGAUAAAUGAAUAAAGCACAGCUUUCUACAGGAUGUAUCUACAGUCUUUUUCAUCAACCUUUGAUCCUCCAAGUUACAGCAGAUUUUUAUUGGAGCAUUUUACAGCUCUGGGGAAUCUCUCUUGCUUGUAUCAAUCAGCUAUUCAUGAUUCAGGAUUACCCAGCAAAAUAAGUGGUUAAUGACGUUCAGAGUGAUUUCCCAGGGCUGUAAAUAAAUCCAAAUAAUCCAGCUGCAGUUUAUCAAGGAGGAUAUAGGCUGAAUCAGCAAUGAAGUAAAGUCACGGUAAUUUGUAACGGGUAAUAUAAUACAUAUCUUGAAGUAAAUUUAUAUGAAGAGUGCCAUUGACUAUUGAACAGAUAAGAGCAAGGUGAAGGUGGAAAAGACCUUGACUUUUGUCAGUAAUGCUUGAUUUGUUUUCAUCUUAAUAUCCGUAUAAAAUAUAGAUGGGAUAUAUACAUCCUGAUUGCUUAGAAUUAUGUACAGUAUUGUUUUAUACGAACAGUGAUUUCUAAAAUGUGUUCAUACACGUUAUAUUUUAUAUUAUGCAAUCAAGAUUUAUAGAUCCCAUCCCUAUUUUUUUUAUUGCACUGAAGUGUUUUGUCUUGAGCUGAGAACAUAAAACCACUUUGUGGCUUGGAACUAGGUUUCAGGAGACUAGGUUUCAGUCCACUGCAUGGCACACCAGGGGAGACUUGGGGUUUGAUACGACAAAGUUGCCUCAAACUCGGUCUCCUGGAACCAGGUUUCAAACCGCUGCUCCAGAAAAAGUGGCUCUGUGUUCCCUCAGCUUUAGAUUGUAGCUAUAAAUUUAUUCUAAAAUGAUUAUAAUGGUUUAAAAUAAUUAUAACAUAAAGCUAUUAUAUAAGAAACGUAGUCCUUGACUUACAGUUUUACUCUCCGCGUUUUGAAGUUUGGAAGAAAAUAAUUAUGUGAAACUGUAAUUUUCAUGAAGGCACACCAUGAACUAGCAUUCUGUUUAGCUCAGCACCAGCAAAAAAAAAAAAAAAAAAGUUUGAUCUUUGUCUUAUCAAUGGCUAACUAUUGAAAACCCUGCAUGUGUGAAACAAGAGAUAUAUAUUUAACUAAUGUACAGUACAUUUACUUCUGCUUUCUUUAUCCAUGUACAUUGUGUGCUAUGGACGGUUCUGUGCAUAACAAGCAAUUGUAUAUUUAUAUGUAUAUAACUUUUUUAUUUUUCACUUUGUACUGUAAUUGUAUGUAUGUGUGUGGGAGGGUACAGGGGAAACAGACAUUGAGAACCGUCUCAAUGAAGUACUGCUUGAAUCUUAAACUUUGAUUCUGAAAUCUUUAACAAUAUCAUUUCAGCAAAAUAAAUUCAGUUAUUUUUUUAAACAUCUGUCUAUAGUAAUGGAAAUGAAGGCUACUUUUUUUCUCAAUAUAUAUGUUAUUGGGUAAGUGAAUUGUUGUUAAGCACAUAAUAGACUUAAACAAACAAAGCUCAAGGUUUAAUUAGAUUGUUGGCAUUAAUCUUAAAAUUGACACUUUAUUUUCUUUACACUAUGUGUAGUACAAACACAUUGUUAUACGAUUAUCAUUAUAACCCACAAAAUAUUUAGUGUUCUAUUAAUAGCAAACAAUAUAUAAACAGUAUAUAAAUGUGGACUAAAAGACAAUAGCAGCCUGCUGGAAUACAAAACACAUAAUAAAUAAUCAUGUAAAAAAUACAAUACAUUAUACUGAAGUGUUCCUAGAAAUCAAAACUACAUUAUAAAACGGAUUGUUAGAAUGCUGCAUGCUGAUUGGUCCGUCAGGGUUCCAAGCAGUUACAAUAUCCACACAAUGUCACAAUUAGGAACUACUUAGGAACAAAGGCAAAUCACUGCACCUGUGCUAACCUCGUAUCACUGCGCCACGAAAAUCAAAGAAAGCAUCUGUCAAAAUAUUGUCGUAUCUUCCACUUUAUAUUAAUUUGUACUACGAAUCAGUUUGCUAUUUUAAAGAAGAUGCUGUUUUGGUAUUUUAUUUGUAGUACAUACCAGUCAUUUUCUGUAACUAGAGCCAGUGGGAGAGAAUAACCUAGCAACAAUGUUAUGUAGAAUAUGCAGGAGGGGCACACAGAUAUGCUGUACUACUGAGAAAGCUUAUUUUUUAUAGUUAUUUCAAGUCAGAACAAUGAAAUGAAACGCAUCCAAGCAAGAUUUUUAUAGUUUAAUUUAAAGUCUUUAUUAAAUUACUGAAACUACAAAAAAAAGAAUGUUUUACUUGAAUAUUAUUUUUAGUUCAUAGGGACUAUUUUCUGUUGUGGAAGGUUAUACCUCAAAAUAAAUCUUUAGAAACUAUAUAGAUUUCUCCAUUUUUUUUUUUUUUAUAAAACGUUUAUAUAUCAGUUUUGCAAAAGCAGUAAGGCGCGAGAGAGCUUGGGUUCUGCUGGAUAUUGUCACUCCUUGGUUGGUAACAACGUACCAAGAAGUGACAAUAUCCAGCACAACCCCAUGCCCUCUCGUGCCUUACUGCUUCAUUAUAAAUGAACAGUUACUUAGUAAUUACAUGUGUACUUCCACAUAAUUACAUUAUUAUGCAGAGUUACAAUGUACUUGAUAUGCAAAUCGUUUUGCACAAUACAUGUGAUUACACAAUUGUAUCAGAAAAGGGUUAGAUUAGAUUGUGCAAAAACAUGUACAGGGUACAUAUAUUGUAACUAUGCAUAAUAACAUUGUAAGUAUGUGUAAGUACACAUGUACCAUUAAAUAUGUAAAACUCAUUCUUUCUGAAAUAUAAGCAGUGAAUCAGCACUUACCUGGAAAGGUGUGCAACUAUACAGUGUCAACCCAGACAGUUCCAGGCAACACUUUUAUAACAAAGAUAAAUGGUACCAAUUGUUUUUAACAAGUUUCUUUUAAGCCAUUUAAACAAGCAAUGAAUACAUUAUUAAUUUGUGCUGGCUUCAUAUGUUAAUAUGUCUUUGUUUCUGAUUAGCAUAGAUGUUGAAGUAAAGACAUGAUUAUUUUCUUACGUUCAGAGUAUUAUUGUAAUGCUGUGUGAUGCUAUUUACUCUCUGUGUCAAUAAAAAUAUAACACCUUA